UCUUCUGGAACUUGAGAAGUAAGAACUGUUCCAUAUUUAAGUUUCAUUAAGUAUUACUAAUAAUGGCACCCCAAAUUGAUAUUGUACAUGAUGAAAAAUUAGUUCUCGGCGAGGGACCUCACUGGGAUCAGGAAGCUCAAGUACUCUACUAUGUUGAUAUACCAGAAUCUACUGUCUUCAAGUACAAUCCGAGUACCAAUAAAGUCACCCGUGUGGUUGUGGAUAAAAAAAAUAAGUCAGCAGUGAGCUUUGUCCUACCGGUCGCGGGUACUAAAGACAAAUUUGUGGUUGGACAUGGUAAAAAAAUAGCUCUUCUGACAUGGGAUGGUUUUAGCACAGAUCCAACCAAUGUUGAAAUUCUUGUUGAAGUAGAUCCUGGGACUAUAAACGUAUUUAAUGAUGGCAAAGCUGACCCUUCAGGACGUUUGUGGUCUGGAACUUGGGAACUAGAAACAUUUAAACCAGGUGCACCUGAAACAAGAAAGGGAACAUUUUAUUCUUUGAGCAGAGAUGGAAAAUCUACAAAAGCUCAUUUCAAUGAUGUGGGAUGUAGUAAUGGUCUUGCAUGGUCUUCAGACACCAAAACUUUUUAUUACGUAGAUAGUUUUAAUUGGACAGUCGAUGCAUUUGAUUACAAUAUUGACAGCGAAGAGCUGACAAAUCGACGAACCAUCUUUGACUUGAAGAAGAAUAAUGUCAAGGGAAUGCCUGACGGAAUGGCUAUAGAUAAAGAAGACAAAUUGUGGUUAGCCACAUGGGAUGGCUAUGCAGUUCAUCGAGUGGAUCCUAAAACUGGUGAACAUCUUCAGUCUGUCCAGUUCCCUACACAAAAGAUUACUUCAGUUGCAUGGGGUGGACCAAAUUUAGAUGAACUGUAUGUGACUAGCGCUAGCAUAUUCGAGUCAAAAGAUGAUCGUUACUCAGGUCGCUUAUUUAAGGUUUCAGGACUUGGUGUAUCUGGACUUCCAGGUGUACCAGUUAAAUUGUAAAUAUUGUAUAAUCUAUAAGCCUGAAAAACCACUGAUGAAGUGACCGUUUUUCCGUGUUAGCGUACCAUACUUUGACCA